AUGAAUUUGCCACUUGCUAACGAAAUAAGAAAACUAACCGCGUGCAUGUUUUUCUUUGAUACGCCAUCUGUUUACAAGAUGAACAAACUUAAUUAUUUUCCUCUUUGUUCAUAUGGAAACAUUCAGUGGUUGGCUGAAUUUACAAUGGGUAGAGAACAGACUUCGAAGAGCAAAAUACAACCCAAGGCUUUUACGAGCAAACAAAAGGAGAAAAUUAUCAAGCGGUUUAACUCUGAAAUGCAACAACGUGAAGAUGAGUUCAAGGCAAACGUGGACAAAGAGAUCAGUUUACUUCGGCUCAAAUUUAAGAAUCGGCUGAACAAGAUACUUCGCAAGUUUUGGGAUGUCAAAAUAGAAGACAUUUUGAAUGUCGAGAGAGAGUUGCAUGAUGAAGCUCCCCUUACUUUACUAAACGUCAUUAAGCAACUCGAAGCUUCAAAAACCGAUCACAGUACUUGA